AUGGCGUCAACAAUUUCAUCUCAACCGUUCAUCCUCUCACGCAUCACCAACCCAUCACUCUAUCCAUCCACUCUCCCCAAACCCAACCAACUUCCGUCUCUCUUCUUCCUCCGCCGCUCCUGUCAACGUCGUCGUUUUCUCAUAUCCUGCCACGUCGACGGAGACGACGUCGUUUCGACUCGUAAUUCAGGUGUUUCUACCGCUGCUAAGGAUUCUAUGAAACAAACUAUUUCGACUAUGCUUGGUUUGUUGCCUUCUGAUCAUUUUGAUGUUACUGUUAGUCUUUCUAUUCAGCCCCUUCAUCGGUUGCUUGUUUCUUCCAUCAUCACAGGGUACACGCUGUGGAAUGCGGAGUACAGGAUGUCCUUGACAAGAAAUCUGGAAAUGUCUUGUGCGGAUAGAGUGUCGGAGUGUGAAACGCCUCUGGAGAGUUUGGAGGUCAAGGGUGGAGGAGAAGAACAUGGGGAAAAUAAGGUUGUUUCUGAUUCAGGAUUCAACGAUUCAGAAACUUGCAGCAACAACAGUAGUGGCGUAGGAGUCUUUCGAGAUUUGCCGCCCCAGGCUCUGAAAUACAUUCAACAGUUGCAGUCUGAGUUGUCCAACACGAAGGAGGAGCUGAAUGCCCAGAAGCAAGAAAUGAUGCAAUUAGAACAUGACAGGGGAAUUCGGAAUAAUUUACUGGAAUAUCUUCGCUCUUUCGAUCCUGAUAGGGUGAAUGAAAUGUCCCAACCUACUUCUGUUGAAGUGGAGGAUAUAAUUCACCAACUUGUUCAAAACAUUAUGAGAAGAUUCCUUGUCGACGAAGCUAGCUCUAACUUUACGGAACAAACGGUAGAAGGAAACUUAGACUAUGACCCGGACAAUGGCGAUGAGUUUGGUGAUACAGUAGCUACUUCUCGCGAUUACCUAGCAAAGUUGCUUUUCUGGUGUAUGUUAUUGGGUCAUCACUUAAGAGGAUUGGAAAACAGAUUGCAUUUAACCUGUGUUGUUGGACUUUUAUAG